ACCAGGAGCACUGCGUUCGAUUCGCCGUUUCCGUUUCCGGUAACCCAGAGUGGCCCUCUUGCAUUGGGCUGUUAAAUUUGCUCGACAGAAGCUGACACGUGCCUGUUUCAAUGUGUUUUCUCCUUUUUGCGUGCGCUGGUUAACAGUAGAAAUGCCUUUCACUGCGCCUACGUCGUCCGGUCAGCACUGUGUAGUGGUGGGUUGUGGCAACAACCAGCGAAAACGAAAGAAUAUCGCGGAUAGCUUGUGCGAAAAACACGCUGUGAAGAAGGAGCAAUGUGGUUGCGAUAUGUUUCUGUUGCACCGCUUCCCCGCGAACGUCGACUUGGGUCGUCAGUGGAUUCUCUGAUAAACAGGAAAUACUUCGUGCCAAACAGAAAUUCACGUGUGUGUUCUGCGCAUUUCGUUGAUGGAAAACGCACGGAGCAAAACCCGCUGCCGAUGCUGAACUUGGGUUACCAGCGAAAGGUUAUCUUUGGGCGCAGACGAUUGAACCGUGACGAAAAUACGCCAGCACCAACUAAGCGGAAGGCAAGUGUACAGAUUGUUGUCACUGUGUGGCUGAUAAUGAUUUAUUUCCAUUCCAGAGAAAAACGAGCAGAGAGACACGAGAUGAAGAGUCACGUCAGGUUCCUUCGCAGAGUGUCACUUAUGAUGCACAAGCUUCCACAUUCACCUCGCUUUUGGACAGUUUGGAAUAUGUUGGAGAUAGUGCCAAGACAAUUCUAGACAGCACUUGUGCAUGUCAGGAAACAGAAGAGACUUCCCACAGUGAGCCUGCAGUGUUCACUGAUGCAUUUGAAAGUGAACCAGCUGCUGCAGCACACAUGGAAACCACAUCAUUCAACAAUGUUUUGGGGAAUGAAGAUGUAAGUGCUCACACAGCCAGUCUAGGCUUCUGAACACGGUGCCUGUUUAAGAAGUACACACAUUCACAUGGUUUCUCCUUUCAUAGGCUCAGUGCAGUGAAGAUACGUUUCCCAUCUCUGGCACAGUUUGUGAACCAGAUGUGAGUGGUCAGGACAAUUUAGGCUUUUUCAUAUGCCGCUUCAAGUGGAACUGAGCUGCCAAUUUCUUCUGCAGGUUUCCCUUCACAUUGGAAAUUCACUAGUCAGAUGUACAUUGGAUAAGGCACCAGAUGCUUUCACUUAUGGUGUAGCUACUCCAGACAGCAGUGUUGCAGAAAAUGAAGUUUGUGGGAGCUUAAUAUCAGAUCAUGAAGUUGACAUUCACGUAAGCAAAACCGAGCACAUCAUGACAAGGAAAAAUACAAAGGUGAUGAAAGAUAGCUCCACACAAUGGGAACUGCCACCAGCUGACCAUUCCUACACCAGUACAAGACUUUCUAUGACCAUGAGAACUAUUUCCUAUCGAACACUGACCAGUGAUGACAUUCUUUUUUACACUGGCAUUUCUGUGGCUGCAUUUGACAAGCUCGUGUCAGCACUGAAGACUCAAGACAAGACAAUUCGCAAGCUCUUGACCAUCGAAGACCAGCUGUUAUUGACACUCAUGAGGCUUAGACUUGGCCUCCUUUGUGGAGAUUUAGCAAGACGGUUCGAGGUCUCUGUAGCUUAUGUUUCUAGAACAUUUUCGAGAGUGCUGGACGACCUGGUGAAGAUCAUGCAAGAAGUUGUUGUGUGGCUUCCCCGCUCAAGGUUGCGGGCAAGCAUGCCUGAGAGUUUCAGAAACAGUGAGUACAGUCAUACAACAUGCAUAUUCGACUGCACUGAAGCACUAAUGCAAAGGCCACGGAAACUGAUGGCCAGAUCCCAAAGUUACAGCCAAUACAAGGGUGCAAACACGAUGAAAUUUCUUACCGUCAUAGCACCAAAUGGAUUUAUAAUGUUUGUGUCAGAUGUGUAUGGAGGCAGGGCAUCAGACAAAUACAUUGUAAAGACAUGUGGAGUAGAAGAGUACCUCCUUCCAGGUGAUGAGAUAAUGGCAGACCGUGGUUUCAAGCUUGACCCUUAUCUUGAGGCUCAAGGGAUUAAAAUGAACAGGCCUGCAUUUACAAAAGGAAAGGAUCAGCUACCUGAAAGUGAAGUCACCGAAACUAGGCGCAUCGCAUCGCUACGAAUUCAUGUUGAGCGGGCAAUCAACCGAAUCAAGACGUACAGAAUUUUCAAGCAAGUACUGCCCAUCAAGUCAAGAAAGUAUGCCAGCAAAAUUGUCCUUGUCUGUGCAGGACUCUGUAACCUUAAACGCCCGCUCAUCAACGAACAGACAAAAGCAUAAAUGUCCCGUGUGUACUUUAAUUUAGCCUUAAGCACUCUGAGAAGCGAGUAGGGUAAACUUCACUAAUGCCGUUUUAAAGCGAAAGCUUUAUUGGCCUGGACUUGCAAUCAAGAUUAACCAAGGCUAACCAUGCUAUGCCUUAGCUUUUGCUACGUAUAUACUGGCAUAGCUGAGCUAAGCCACUGCCAAUUUUUUUGUAACCUCACUGGUUUCGUACCUGUGAAGCUUAUGGAAGUGAUUUGAAGCCAAGGUGUUAAAAUGUGGUUGAAUGUUUUUUUUAUUCAUUCAAUAUACUUGGAUGGCUCCAAUGAAGCAGACAUUAUGAACAAAUAAAAUUUCACUUGCUCAUCACAAAUUGCAAAUCUCGUCAUACUUUUUGCACAUAGCCAGCUUUUUCUUAUAAUGUAGGUCCUCAAGGUGAGGCAGGAGAUGCAAAAAGUAGAAUGUUUUGAGCCUCUUCAAGUUCUGUUCAAUGUACCGUGUGUCAAUAGGCACAUUUACAAUGACAUCACUUUCAGCCGACCACACAUAAAAAUAGCAGGUGCUUUUGCCACAGCAAAACAUGGUAAACUGCACUUGGUCAUAGUAACCAUUUUUGCCACCUGGACAAAGCACAGGUUCCCCAUUCACAAGCUUA